AUGUUUUCCGAAUCAUCUGAGCUUUCUGUUUGCGAUCUGACUCCCAACGUUCUCGGUCCACUGGAAGGCUUCACUGAAAUGGGCUUUAAGGUCUUGGCCGGAGCUGGUUUUGACGAGAGUCGUCACAUGACUUGGAGGAUUCAAAACCCCCAAUGUGCUGUCUUUGACGGGUCACUCAAGACCGUCAUUGACGACUUCAACUUGGGCAGACUCGUUGCUCCAAGUUGGCCACCAGAAGGUUCCGCCCUCGUUGCUUUGGUAGCUGGUGAGAACUCAACCUUCCGAUUGAGUGCCGAAAACACGAAAAUGCCUUCCAAAGAGUCAUUCUUCGCGCCUCUAGACAUCGUUGAGUCCGUUGCAGCUUCCGAGAUCAACCCUGACUUCACAGUGCUACAGAUGUCGCCCGCAGUGCUUCAUCCCUCUGCUCUUGGCAGGUUUUCUGCGACUAUUUCACAACUUCUUUAG